AGGGGAUGUCGAAGCCGAGUCUUCGGGGUUGAUAUCGUCCCCCUCGUCGUAGUCUGCCUCCUCGUCAGAAGACCAGUCGUCCUCGUGUUCGUGUGACCCUCCUGGGCCGGAGUCCUCUUCUUCCAAGUAGCUGGCGUCGUCUGAGAUGGGGCCGCUGUGGUUGUAAUGGUGACUGGUACGUACGGUCUGCCUGCGACUGGGAGGACAUUGGUGACGAUAUGUUGCCCGAGUGCCCCUCGCCCACAACGAUCCACCCACAAAAAGCGGAGCAAAGGGAUGCUUGAAGGAUGAGGCGAUGGCCGACGUCCGUUCACCUGCUUCACUAGACGUAGGCGAAUUGAUUUCUUCGAGAUUUGUCGUCCGGUUUUGCGGCCUGGAUGCUGCCAACGGGAGAAGAGGGGGGGAUCUGCGCGUUUCUGAGACCGCCGUUAGUAAUUCCACGUCAGAUCGGGCUCCGUGUUUAUGCGCAGCGAGCGAAGAGCGAGAAUGGCAAAAGUGCAGGUAGGCCAAGAGGCGUAUGCGUGGGUGGUAGUAAAGAGGCGGUAUGGGGUGGUAUAGGUGGAGGUGUGCGAGAGAGGGAGAGGGAGAGGGAGAGAGAGUGGGUUGGGUGGGAGAAGAGGAUCCGCGAGGAAUUGGGAUGCUUUUGUAACAAGGCGAUCCACCAGCGAUUUUUUUUAUUUAUUUAUCCUUCCACCCCUGGUUUGGGGUGGUGCAAGGGCCGAGAGCGACUGGGGGAGGGGUGGAAUGGGAGGGGGGAUCCCGGUCUUCGAGUAAGACCUGGAUCAGUUGGAUUCACGUUGGGCGCGAAAGGAGAGAGACACAAGAGAACAACGCUGAGGGCGGAGGGGAGGGAGAGGGCCAGGAAUGGGAGCGGUGGGUUGAUUCAUUGGGCUGCAGUAAUCGCGAUACCCGCAAAGACGAUAUCGCCCAGAAUUGCAAGUGGCGUUGAAGGGAGCGAGCGGGGUGAUUUGCUAACGGGUUGCGAUAAUACGUAAAUGUGUAGGUAUGUAACUGCGUAUGGUAUGCAGCUGCACGCAAUAUGCAAAUAAGGCGGGCAAUCCCAUUGGGAGGUAACACUGGGUACAGCCAGACGCUGCCCAGCUUCGCAUCGCAAUCCGCAGGUUGACAGGACCACUUACCCUAUGAAAAUGGGACCGAGCGGGUUGUCGACGUCUCCCGGCGCCCUGCCGGCUUUAUUGUCCAACGUCAGGGUGUGCUGGGUAUUGUAGGCGUCU